CCGUAAGUUUCUUUUAUAAGUCAUGAGAAGGCUUGUAAGAAGGAUCGAAGGAUAACUUAAUAGAAUCGUGCAGAAUAAGAUGGGAGUAGACGAUCGAUGUAUUAAUAAUUACUUCCGUAAUCGAGAUAUCUUCAAGUGGUGCAAUAUUUCGGAGUACAUAAACAUCUCGUGGGAUGCUGUCGCGCUUUCUCCCCUCAAUUUCUUUUACGAUUCAUCUCGCGUGACUGAGCGCGUAAGUUACAUGUUUCUCGUGAAAUUAAAAAAAAAAAAAAAAAGAAAAAGAAGAAGAAAUUACACGAUUUUAUGUAAUUACGAAUCACGGUCUUUUGUGCAAAAGAUAUUCCGUAACAUGAUAUCCAUUUUAUCAAAUAAUAAUCCUAAUAUCGAUAUUGUUAAUUAAUAAAUUUCCUUUCAAAGAUAUUACGACAAAAAAAAUAUAUUUUAUAGUUCUUAACAUUUUAUAUUUUUCUUUAUUUACUUUUAAUCUUUUGUAAUCGCUCGAAGACGAGUCGAAGUUUCACGAUGCAAGUGUUUCAUUUAAAACACUCAAUGUGCAUUCGAAUGCUCGAUUAUCCGAAUAAAACGAAGCGAUCUUGGUGUAGACGUAAUAUGUAAGAUCGAUUGGUAACGAUACGAUACGGGAUUCGUAAUCCAUAAGAUAUAGGACAUAGGCUGCUUGCCUAGUUCGCAUCUUUAAUCCCACUCUUCUUCACCGUCACCGAGCACCGAUACACCACCGUGACAUAGUUAUAUACCGAUUCUCCUUGUAAAUCUUGCCGCUUGCACCAAACCAUGAUCCACAAACGCGGAUGAGUCUCGGUAUAUAUAAACCGGAUUAGAGACCAAAGUUUGUCAUUCACUCAUCGCUACCCCAUCCUGACAGAGAGGUUCUCUCUCAGGGAGAGCCUUAGGAGUAUCGACGUGUUCUUAAAAUACCCUUGAAAAAGUAAACACUCUUGAGAAGACUUCAUCGUUUCCCUCCAAAAGGGGAAAACGAAAGAUACUCCAUCGAGCUCGUCUUCCACGGAUCCAUACGUGUUCAACGCGGAUUUAUACGUUACCAUAAAAAUGUUCAAGUUUGUGUUAGCGACCAUCAUCAUAGGUCUGGCUUUGGCACGGCCAGAGCCUCCUGUAAACUCUUACUUGCCUCCUGGUGCUAAUGGCGGUCAUGGAGGUGGUUUUGGUGGGCCUUCCAGCGAGUACGGUCCACCAGGAUUUGGCGGAGGAAACGGCGGAGGAAACGGUAGGGGGAACGGAAGACCACCGAGUAGUAGCUACGGUGCUCCUGGUGGUGGAAAUGGAUUUGGUGGAGGCAACGGCAACGGCAACGGCAAUGGCAACGGCAACGGCAAUGGAAGGCCAUCGAGUAGUUACGGAGCACCUGGAGGUGGUGGAAAUGGAUUUGGCGGAGGUUCGGGAAACGGGAGACCUUCCAGCAAUUAUGGGGCUCCUGGAGCUAACGGGAACGGAUUCGGUGGAAACGGCAAUGGAAGACCAUCGAGUAGCUACGGAGCACCUGGAAGUGGAAAUGGAUUCGGUGGAGGUUCAGGAAAUGGGAAGCCUUCUAGCAGUUAUGGCGCUCCAGGAGCUAACGGAAACGGAUUCGGUGGAAACGGCAAUGGAAGACCAUCUAGUAGUUACGGAGCACCUGGUGGAGGCAACGGAUUCGGCGGAGCCAACGGAUUCGGUGGAGGCAACGGCAAUGGAAGACCAUCAAGCAGUUACGGAGCACCUGGAGGUGGGAACGGCGGUGGAUUAGGAAACGGAAGGCCUUCUAGCAGUUACGGAGCUCCCGGAGGUGGAAACGGAUUCGGUGGAGGUCAACCAAGUUCUUCCUACGGUGCUCCUGGUGUUGGUGGUUCUAACGGAGGUAAUGGAGGAGGAGGAGGUUAUGGAGGUGGAAAUGGAGGUUACAACGGCAACGGACAGGAUGAGAGUAACGAACCUGCCAAAUACGAGUUCUCUUAUGAAGUAAAAGACGAUCAAUCUGGAGCUGACUUUGGACAUACGGAAAGUAGAGAUGGCGAUCGUGCCCAAGGCGAAUUUAACGUUUUGCUACCUGACGGUAGAAAACAAAUAGUUGAAUAUGAAGCUGAUCAAGAAGGCUUUAAGCCACAAAUUAGGUACGAGGGAGAAGCAAACGGCGAAGGAUAUCCUUCCGGUGGACCUGGCGGUAACGGUGGCUAUCCCUCCGGUGGACCUGGCGGUAAUGGUGGUAAUGGCGGUUAUUCUUCCGGUGGGCCCGGCGGUAAUGGUGGAAAUGGAGGCUUUGGACGAUUCAACGGCGGUGGCAACGGUGGUAACGGUGGUGGUUACUCAUCAAAUGGAUUUGGUGGCAGUGGUGGUAAUGGUGGAUAUCCUUCUGGCAGUGGCGGUGAUGCUGCUGCUAAUGGUGGAUAUCAAUAUUAAACGGAUAGUUAAAUAAUCUCGUAUUUUACUUAUAGACAAAAUAAUACACCUUUUAAAGCAAGAUGCGCGUUUAAUACGUAAGGUUGUCUAAAUUUGUUACGUCUGUAAGGAAGAUCGAUGAACGCACGGAAUAACGUGCUCUAGGACGAAGGGGAGAAAGGAAAGAGGAAGUGAACGGAAUAGCGCGUCCGAAAGAUGAGUACAUCUUGCCCACGCGUGCUCUAAAUCCGAACAAUAAGGGACGAUCGAACGUACGCAGCAUUGAGUAACGAGACGCCAUUGCGUAAACUAAUGAAAAGGAAUCCUCUUUCAUCAAUCAGUGCAAUUAAUCUACAGGCUCCUUUUUGAUGUCGUACCAAUUCGUUCGUUCCAGAUUUAAAAGACAACCUUUUACGUAAUGAACGCCAACUAUAUAUACAUACAGUUAACCUCAGAACUAAUUAUUAGAGAAAGUCGAGAGAUUUCAUUUUCAGAGAUAAUAUAUAUAAUAUAAUAUGUACGAUUCAUCGACUUUCAAAGACGUUAAGGACACGCUUUAGUUUAUAAAAGUUACAUGAGAAAGUAUUUCUUUUUUAUAUACAUAUGUGUAUGUGCGUCUAUAUACAUAUACGCAUAAACAUAUAUGGAUACAUAUACACACAUAUAUAUGAGGGAACAAUAGUAAACACGCUUCUUCUUUUAUUAUCAAUUAUCUUUCAGGUAAGGUUAAGAUGUCUCCUUUUACGGAGUACAAAGUAUCUCGGUAAUCUUUUAAGCUAUCAGCGAUACUUUAUAUUUAUUAUUUUAUAUUUAAUGUACGUACUUAAUAUACCCUUACACAGAAUUUUUAUAUAUUUAAACGCGUAGUCAUAGGAAAGAGAGUAUCCGCAUGAAUAUAAUUACUGUGCGGUAAGUCAAACCGUGUGUUCUACUCUUCACUCAUAUAUACUUGUUGUAUUAAAUUAGUAAAAUACUCUAUUGCUAUUAAAUAGGAAUUAUGUAUUACUAUUUCUUGUUUAUAUAUAUGUGUGUGUAUAUAUAUAUAUAUAUAUAUACAUGCAUAUAUAUAAAAAAAAUAUAUAUAUCUAUUCUACAUAUUAUAUGAAUAAAAUGUGAUAUGGUAAA